AUGCAUUCCAUCAGCAGUAUCGUUCUCCUUUUGGCUUCGGCCGUUACCGCCGUUCCAGUCAACACUGUACCAGCUGUCUCUUCAACUGACUCUAAGUGUGGAACAACACCAACACUACCUGUCAAUGGAGGUGCUUCUGAGCUUCCAUCACCAAGUGGUACUCUCGUCUAUGCUGCUCUCGGCCGUGGUAUCCAAAAUUACACCUGUUCCGCCGUUGGUGCUACUCCAGUAGCUAUUGGUGCCAUCGCAAGCCUCUACGACGGUACCCAAUACGCCAGCUGCUACGGCGCCUCCAAUUUCAAUACUUUGACUAAUCUCGCUCCCUAUUUCGAUCUCCCCUCGACUACUAGUGCUCAGUUCCUGGAACUCAAUCCUCUUGGCAAGCACUUCUUUGAUGCCAGUGGCACUCCAACCUUCGACCUCUACUUUGUCAACAAGAUCUUGUACAGUGCUAAAAUUGGUGACGUUCCCGCACCAGAGGACGCCGACGUAGGACCAGCUAAUACUGGUGCCGUUGAUUGGUUGGCAUUAUCUGCCAAGGCCAAUUACAAAUCUGUUGGUCUUUCAGAAGUCUUCCGUGUUGAGACUAAUGGUGGAAACUCGAUCAAUCCUUGCACAAAAGUUGGUGUAGAGAGUGUUCCAUACGCCGCCCAAUACUGGUUCUACAGUUGA